AUGGGGGACAAUCCGGAUGCCAUCCAAAAGCUACUUGAUCAGUUAAAUGUGAAAUUCAGUAUGAAACAUCUUGGGGAGGCUAAUGCGUUCCUCGGCAUACACAUUAAGAAGCAGAUGUCUCAUUAUUUCCUCUCCCAAGCACACUAUGCGGCUUCUAUACUUCAACAAGCCAAUAUGUUAAACUGCAAUCCCUUAUCCAAGCCAACGACUACCAAGCUGCCUUCGGUAUUUUCCCCAAACGCGGUGAUUUUUGAUCCUGUAACUUAUCGAAAGCUCACCGACGCAUUACAAUAUUUGACUUUAACUCGUCCGAACAUAGCAUUCAGCAUGCGGAUUGGGCAGGCGAUUCCAUUUCCCGAAAAUCUACAUCUGGCUAAUGCUUCUUCUUGGGCACAAUACUUAUCUCAUGGACAGUCAAGAAACAACAUAUAA